CAAGCACUUCCACUCCUCCAGGGAUCCGUCGGCCCCUGCCGCUCCCGCCCGCCUCCGGCUCGCCAACGCCACCAGCCACGGCGACGGAAGUGUGACCGUCACGCUGGCCUGGGACGGGCCCCAGGAGCCCGACGUCCCCGUGCACCACUACAAGGUCUUCUGGAGCUGGGCCGCCCGCGGCACGGGGGUCCCCGCGAGGAAGAGGCGCAGGAUGUCUGUGGACGGGUCCCAGAACUCCGUGGUCCUGGAGGGCCUGCAGCCGGACUCCGACUACAGCGUGGAGCUGCAGGCCGUGGCCUACUGGGGGCAGACGCGCCUCAAGAGCGCGAAGGUCGCCCUGCACUUCACCCCCUCGCCCGCCGCCAGCAACA